AAUUGGUGAUGAUGGAAAUUUGUCCAUCAGCAACCCGAUUCAUCCCCUUCUAUCCCGAAAUCGCUGCAGUUCAGUGACAUUUCGACACGUUUUAUUUGAAAAUUUCAAUAUUACCAUAGAUUAUAAUUAUGAACGAAUGGACCAGAUGAUUAAUUUUGUAUAUGAAAUGAUGUUUAAUAAAGUGUCUUGGCCAGAAACGGGAUAAAUCGAUUGUACUGUAUUUUAAACUAUAUUGUGAUAUCUAAAGUUUUUAAAACUUGAGGUAUUAUAUAGGGGUUCCUGCACCUAUAUUUCCUAUUCUCCAAACGGGAAUCAUGGCCAUUUCACGAAGGACUGUCAUACAGCAAGAGGAUGGGCCUGAAAGGAUCUCUGAAAAGUUAUCAAAAGAGAAAGAAAAUAUGAAACAGGAUCGUGGGAGCAUUGCAUUAUUAUUACUGCUGUAUAUACUACAAGGCAUGCCAUUGGGUCUCGCUGGCAGCAUUCCUCUUAUCCUUCAAAGCAGACAUGUGGUUUACAAAGACCAGGCUGUGUUUAGUUUUGCAUUCUGGCCAUUUAGUGUCAAAUUACUGUGGGCACCAAUAGUUGACUCUGUGUUCUCGAGACGUAUGGGUCGACGAAAGUCUUGGCUUAUUCCAACUCAGUAUUUGAUUGGCUUGUUUAUUAUUGUGUUAUCAUCGGUAAGCGAGACAAGCACCUGGUCAGGGGGGAUGUGUAUCAGUCAUCAGAUCUUUCAAACUAGUUGUGUUGGAGCCUUGAAAAUAUGCCAUUCUUGACAAACUCUGGCACUUUUUAAUUCUCUACCAGUGGUGCCGUGGGACCCAUGUUUUUUUUUUUGGGGGGGGGGCAAGACGGGUCUCAACAAUAGGGGGGGCAUGGGCCCCCCGGCCACAGUGCCACUGUUCUCUACACCAAUUGUCAUUUCAACAUGGCCACAUUACAAUUUUAGUCAAGAUGUAAUAGUGACCACAAGUGACAUUUUGUUUUGUCAACAUGAACCACAGAAUAAAGAUAAGUAACAGAAGGGCCACUCAGCGAUGCAACAUGUCCUCGUUUUUUAUGCAAAAAUAUGCAGUUUACUGGCCAGAAGGCGGAGCAGCCAGUACAGUGUGUUUAUUGGCCGGAAAAUGUCAUUGACCGGCUAGGAAAAUGGCAACCAUCAUGCAUAAUGCGACAUGCGCGAGGACAGAAACUUAAAGCUUCCGACGUAUAAGUGGCCCUUCUGUAUGGAUUUUUAUUCUGUGACACGGACGUCCCCCGGAAAUUGGUAUAACUAAUUUUGGCACCAUUUUGCAUCAUAGCCCUUAAUCCGGUCCCCCCACAAUCUGACGUCUGUGUUGACAAAAAUGUCAUUUGCUUAAUUAAGCUCCCUUAUUAAGUACCCAAUCAUGUCUGAUGAAGCUUCAGGACUAUAUUGAACUCUUCUGUCAAGCACAUGUAUCACCAUGUUCUCUUCAUUAAAUAAAUUAUCAAUUAUUUUAGGAGGCAGAUGCUUUGCUGGGUCAAGACAAUAAAGACACAGCAAUCAAUGUUUAUAAACUAACAGCUUUGUUUUUCUCAUUGUGUUUCCUUGCGGCAACACAAGAUAUCGCAACUGAUGGCUGGGCAUUGACGAUGCUGUCUACCAAGAAUGUUGCAUAUGCUUCAACAUGUAACUCUGUCGGCCAAACUGCCGGGUACUUCUUGGGGAAUAUUUGUUUUCUAGCACUAACAUCUCCUGACCUCGCUAACAAAUACCUGAGGUCUACACCACAACAAACUGGCAUAAUAAAAAUAUCUGAUUUCUUGUUAUUUUGGGGCUUGUUGUUUAUUGUAACGACGACAUUAGUCUGGAUUUUUAAACAUGAGAAAGACGACGUUGUCAAACACGGUGUAACUGCAGCAUAUAAGACUGCUUGGAAGAUUAUUUGUUUACCAAAUGUACAGCAAUUUAUGGUCAUACUUCUUACUAUAAAGGUAGUUGCAAGUAGUUUUUAUUAUAAUUAAUCCAUAGACACCAAACACUAGUGUAAAAUUACAAAGUUACAUGAGUUAAUCCAUUAAGUUGCACUUAAUUGCCCCGAUUGCACCCUACUUUAUUAUUUUACUCAACUAAAGCUAGACAAUUUUACUUAUCAAGGUGAGAGCAUUUGUCGACAACUUAUUUCCUGGUUUAAAACCAUCUGGCAUUAGACAGAAUAAAAUAUCAAAGUUGAAAUGUACAUUGGGGCUAAUUAGCCUGGAAAGAACUAAUUAGAUUUUUCUACAUUGCAGAUAGGUUUUGCAGUGACAGAUGCUGCAACAGGUCUGAAACUCAUUGAAGCUGGAGUACCAAAAGAAACACUUGCAAUGUUGGCUGUGCCAAUGAUUCCAUUACAAAUCAUUCUACCUUGGAUAAUUAGUCGAUAUACAUCAGGUACAGUAUUGAAGCAUACACCAAAGCUGAAACCACAAACAGGAUUCCCAGUUGACGCCUACAGUGCACUCGGCAAAUUUCCCACCUAUAAUGUAGACAACAGGCGUUAUUUCCCGAAAUUAUACUACUGUUUUGAAGACUGGUUGGUAAGCAUAAACAAAUGGCAGAUCUGUUCUUGCAAGCCAACCUUUUCACCGUUUGACAACUGUACCUAAUACUACCAACCAAUGGACAUGAAUGUCACACCUUUACCCUUUUAAUGUGCCCUACUUUAUUAAUAUUUUAUUCUGUCUAAUGCCAGACAAUUUACUCAUCAAGGGGAGAGUGCUGCCACUCAAUGGGUUAAUACUUAAUUGAUAUUAUAUUCAAAUACAAUUAUUUUUUCUUUGUAGGACCAAGACCAUUAGAUAUUUCCCUCAAUGCAAUGCCAUUUCGGUUGCUAAUGUCCAUUGUACUUUGCCUGUGUGUUUGGUGGGCACAUCAUGUCCGUACUCCAGGAGAACAGGACUUCCCUGUGUAUUUCUAUCUUGUCUUAUUGUUAUUCUAUGCCUUGCACCAGGUAAUGUAUAUGUAAUGAAAUUAACCCAUCAAGCUGCAAGGCACCAAACUAACUCCUAACUCUUCCAGGAUAUUUGUCAUGCUUCACCUGUUUCUUGCUUUCAAUCUAAGCUUAAGAUCGAAUUAUAUGUUUUCUCUUUAAUUGAACAGUUUUUUAUCUGCUAAUUAACUCAUAUUAACAGUCUCAGUCUUCAAUUAAGUCUUGUAUUACCACUAUCUUAAUUGACUUGACCAGUCAGGCAUCUUGCAGGAUUUCUUUAAUCUUAUAUACUGGAAAUUAAGCUACAUAAUUUAUUUGUUGUAAAAAUUCCAAGAGUUUUGCAAGUCGAGAUUGUUUGAGGUUGAAUUUUAUCACAAACAUUCUCUGAAAUCUACAUAUGGAUGACGUUUUAUGCCCUGGAUAAACUGUUGUUGUUUAUUAACUUGUUUUCUCAGGUAACAACAAAUUGUAUGUUUGUUGCAAUCAUGGCCUUCAAUGCUCGUGUCAGUGAUCCUGUCGUGGGGGGAACAUAUAUGACAUUGCUCAACACACUCAGUAAUCUUGGUGGAGUAUGGACUAGCACAACUGCUCUUUGGUUUGUUGAUGUUUUGACAUGGAAAUCAUGCGUGGGAGCAAACACUACUCAUGUGACUUGUAGUUCAAAACUUAAUGAAAAGGUUUGUAUCAAUGGAAUUUGUUUAAUAGGGAGCUGAAGCAAGUGAUGGUUUUCUCAACACGGAUGUCAGAUUGCCGAGGGAGGACUAGAUAUAAACAAAUUCUGAUGUAUAAUUUAUCGUAAUUUUAUUUUUUUAGAUGUGUACGGAUGCUGGUGGAAAUUGCAUAACAGAUAUUGAUGGCUACUAUAUCGAGACUGUUAUAUGUAUUUGUAUUGGAUUUUUAUGGUUGAGAUGGAAACGACAUACAACUAGUCAACUGCAAGAUCAGGAUCCAAGCACAUGGAAAACAUCUUAAUUUUAUAGACUAUAUAUCAUACCGUAGUUAUUUAUGAUCUAUUAUACAUAUUUUAUGUGAUAUGGUUAGCAUCAUUGUUACAAUUGCUAUUUUAUUAUAGUUAAAGUUGUUUGUAGUUUUUCCUGGCAAUAAUAAAUAUACAUGGUGUUUCGACAACCUAAAGUUUAUAUGGAUCCAUGCCAUUUAUGAUUACUUCUUUGAAGUUGUUCAGAUCAUAGACCCUUUUCAUAAAUGGCUGCCGAUUAAAAUUCUUUUAUGUGCAUAUAAAUUGGCCCAACUAGCCUCAUACUCAUGUUAAGAUUUCAAAGUAAUUUCUACCCAGAAACGAGGCUAGUUGGGCCAAUUUAUAUGUGCAUAAAAGAAUUUUUAAUCGGCAGCCAUUUAUGAAAAGGGUCUAUAAGUAGGGAGAUUAGAGUUUAGGAUUAAUUAAAACUAUUUCUUACUAUAUUAUUUUAUGUGACAAGCAUUUGUUUUCAUUGGUUGGCUGCCGACUCUUCCUGUAUUGCCAAUGUGCAAUAUGCAAUUUCUAUUUGAAAGACCUUGGUUUGACAUUUUUCCAUACAGCUCUCAGUUAGCUAUGCAUUUUCACCACACAUGUUAGGAAAACUACCCAACA